AUGUCUGAGAGGCUAAUAGGGGAAUCCAUUCUUGUGAACGUCCCUGAGGAUAAUGAAAAUGUUUGGUUCUGUCCGGAAUAAAUCGUUAAACUUCUCGAAAAAAUUUUAUGAGACUACAAACCACUAUUGCACUGGUAGCAGUAUGAUAAAGCUCACUAUUAUUUGCCAAAUCAAAAUUUUUGCCCUUCUGUUUUUUUAUGUGACUUGGCAUCAAAAUAGGCACGCAUAGCAUAGUAAUGCCAAAUGGCACUUAUGCUAGGAGUGUUCGUUUUGUAAAGAGACUUUCAAAUAGUUGUAUCCUCUGGAUGUGAUCGUCACCAAAACCAUUCCUUUCUAAAGCUGAUAUUCAAAGACGCUUCAGGGAGCAUUGUUUUGGCUCCAGAACAAAGAGAAUAACUAUACCCAAAUGACAAGGCCGGGUACAAAUUGUGGGUGGCAAGUUUGGUGGAAAGAAACAAUCAGUCUGUGAAUUUCAUUUAAGAACGCCUUCCUUAAGUAUUUAGGGGUGGAGAACAUUUUAUUUGAAGCGAAUUUCUUGAGUUGGUAACAUAAAUUAGACUGUUUUGAUAGGAUUGCAAUGUCACACGUUUACAAUGACUAAGCAUGAGACUGGCUUAAGUUCAAAGUGACACAUCCAGUUGUCAUAAGACAGUCAUGGCACUACCAAGCAUCUGGCUUUUAUAGAGAUAAUACGUGGAAAACAAGCGACCAAACAGCCUAACCUGAUCUGUUGCAAGCAGAGUUAGAGAGCAGUAGUUAUUCGUCAGUAGUCAGUCUAUUUGAUUUUAUAAUGGAAGCAGAAAAGAAUUCUCUAAAAGUUGCACAGAGAUCAUUCAAUCGCCAAUGCCAUCAUCGAGUGGAGCUACAAUGUUGGUCAACAUGGACAAAGCUGCGGAAGCUGCCUCUACAAAUGCCCCUUAGCCAGUAAAAGGAAAAAAGAAGGCCAGCAAGAGGAAAAAUACUCCAGCACCAGAAGGCCCAGAGCUUCUCUCGCCUGGGAAAUUUCCCAAGCCCAACAGCAUGGCCGAGGGAAUUCAGGCUAA